ACCACUGCUUCCAGUGAAGCAUUUCUGCAAUAAAACAACAUGCAUGCAAAUGUGACGCGUAUAACCGCUCGAGCGUCCGAUGGUAGCAUAAUAACCAAAUGUGCUAUGUUUCAGCACACCCUGCCAGCUUCCUCUGUUAAGUGCACAUAAGUCAAUUCGGGGCUUAUUUUAGCUCCCAUGUUGAGGAGAGCGGCUAUAAUAUGAGGAAGGGGUGGACUGGUCACAUUUUGAUCAACUAGAUGCGUGAAAAUGUAAUCACGAGUCAAAAACAGUGUUAAACAGUCGAAGUAAAAAGAGCAAAGAGCAUCAAGCAGCAGGAUGGAUUUGUCUCUGAGCCAGGAAGAUGAUACCAAGAGGGAAACAUCUAGAGGAUCCUGUCACACUUGUCAUCGGACCACUGGAGUGGCUGUUGCUAUAACAACAAUAAUCCUGGUCAUGGGACUUAUUUUGUCUUCGAUGUUAUUUGUCCAGUGGACAGCGUCACCAGAAGCGGAUCAGACCUCUAAAGCUGCAGAACUGAUGGAGCAACUACAGCAGUGCCAGCAAGAACAAAGUGAUCUGAACCUGAUGCUCCACGCUGCUACUCAAGACUCCAGGUGUAAUUUGUGUCCCGACGGCUGGCGGUGGUGGAGGGGUCACUGCUACUUCCUCUCAAGGGGACUUGAGGAGAAUCGUCAGUGGAAUGAGAGCGCCGAGUUUUGCCAGCGACACAACAGCAGCCUGGUGGUGAUCAAAGACUCUGCAGAGAUGGAAUUUAUUCUAGGAGUGCUGCAGAAGUUCCGUCAGUUCUCCUUCCUGUGGGUGGGACUGACCGACUCCAAGCAGGAGGGUCAGUGGCUGUGGUCGGACGGGUCCGACGUCCAUCACUACAUGCCGGUGACGGUGGAGUGGGAUGCUGAUCACAGGGACUGUGCGGACCUGAGGGGGGGUGGGAGACUCUUUGCUGCUGACUGUGAAGCGUACGGACCCUGGGUUUGUAAGAGGGAGUCCUGAUGUAAACACAACUCACCAUCCCAGUCCACUCAUGCUGUCGUGGUACAAUAUCCAGAGUAUAUUAUCACAAAGAGCUGAAAGAUUGAUAUUUUUCACUGCACCCCCCCAAAAAAAAAAUCUGUUACAUAAUUUUGCACUCCAGCUACACUUUGUGAUGCACAGUUAUGUAUUUUCUUGCAUGAAAGUCAGCUUUGCAAAAGGCAAACAUUGAGGAAAUGUGUGUCCAAAGAGUUUUUUUGAUAUUUGGUAAAAAAAAAUAGCUGACUAAGUUAAGAUUUUUCUUUCAGACUGUGAAAUGUGCAUGUAACAAGAAGUCAGAAAAAAAUAGGUAAAGGUAAAUAAGACAGCAUGAUACGUGCAUAAAACAUUUAUUAUGUGUAUAUCUGAGAGUGCAUUAUAAGGUGCAUGCAUGUAUGUAAAUGCAGUAUGUUUACGCUUUCAUGUCUACACAUACAAGUUUAGAUAUUGUAGGAAUUUACUCAAAAUAUUCAUUUCUGGUGAGGCAUUAAAAUACUUAAAGGCUAGCUUAUUCAUUUAAAUCUACUUUUAAAAAUAAAUAUUUUUAGAUUAACCUAAGGUCAAUUCUUCAAAGUUUGGGUUUUUCUCAUUGUUAACAUUGUUCUGAGGAAAUGCAUUAUAUAUUUUAAAGUGCUAUGAUUGUAUUUGGAUAUGUUUUUAUUUACUAUCACUAUCACCAGCACUUUGAUAUAGUUCAGCCUUUAUCUACGUGUCAACAGUCAAUUUGUAACUUAAGAUGAAGAGAUUGUAAAUAGAUUUUAAACACUUAAUUUAACUGAUGACACUACUUUGCUUUUCAAAAAUAUCAUCUUUAACUUCCUGCAGAAUUGUUUUUUGUAUUUUCUUUUUUUUAACAAUUUUAUCCUCAGUUCCUAAAUUGAAAUUGAAUUCUUUCAAGUGUCCAGUUAUGAGGGUC